ACGCAAAACAAAACUUAUGGCUGCUAAAUUGGUAUUGAUUAUGUUCUUCUAUAUAAAUUCAUGCAGUGAUAUAUCAUACAUACCAACAUUCAAGUUCAAUGGCGGCUUCCAUAUUCCACAACAAUGUUAUUCUCACAUUCCUAUUUAUUUUCCCAUUUUUCAACCCAACCUUUGCAGGAUUUACCUGGAAGUCUGUUGCCAAAGAGCCCAAGUCUUCACAAAACUGGGUGAACCAUGGUGGGGACUUAUAUAACCGAAGACAUGCGGAGAAGGAGACCAUGAUCAGCCCUGAAACAGUCUCCAAUUUGCGUUUGAAAUGGGAAUUCAUUGCAGGCAAAGACAUAACCGCGACGCCAGCGAUUUUCGAUGGAACCCUUUAUUUUCCGAGCUGGAACGGGAACAUCUAUGCUAUUAAAGCCUGUGAUGGGUCCCUUGUUUGGGAGAAAAACUUGGAGGAGUUAACUGGGCUUAAUGCCACUGGUUUUAUCGUGAAUGUUAACUGGACAGUUGCAAGAGCAACGCCAACAAUUGCAGAUGAUUUGCUCAUCAUUGGAAUCUCUGGCCCUGCCAUUGUUAUUGCUGUCGAAAGAUUAACUGGCGAGCUUGUUUGGUCAACCCUGCUUGAUAACCAUCCCGCUGGUAUCAUCACUAUGUCUGGAACUUACUAUAAAGGGCAUUUUUACGUAGGGACAUCUUCAUCAGAAGAAGGCGCAAGCAUAGAGCAAUGCUGCAUAUUCCGCGGUAGCUUUGCCAAAUUAGAUGUCCGGUCUGGCAAAGUCCUAUGGCAAACCUUUACUUUACCUGAUAAUUUCGGUCAAAAGGGGGAAUAUGCGGGAGCAGCCAUUUGGGGAAGUAGUCCAUCCAUCGAUACAACUCGAAACCAUAUCUAUGUUAGCACCGGGAACCUAUAUUCAGCCCCUCUUCGAAUACGCCAAUGUCAAGAAGCUGAGAAUAAUCAAACAGUGCCGACUAGUCCAGACAAGUGUAUUGAGCCUGAAAACCACUCAAAUUCAAUCUUAGCUUUUGAUUUGGAAACUGGUGUAAUCAAAUGGUAUCGUCAGCUAGGGGGAUAUGAUCUUUGGUUCUUAGCCUGCAAUAAUCUUUCCACCCCGAAUUGUCCUCCUGGUCCAAACCCUGAUGCCGAUUUCGGAGAGGCCCCGAUGAUGCUAAGUAUCGAUGUCAAUGGAACUAAGCGAGAUAUUGCCGUUGCUGUUCAAAAAAGUGGAUUUGCUUGGGCUCUAAAUCGAGAUAAUGGUGACCUUAUUUGGUCUACUGAGGUCGGACCUGGUGGUCCAGGAGGAGGAGGCACUUGGGGUGCGGCUACGGAUAAGAAGAGGGUCUACACCAACUUAGCCAACUCGCUAUUCAUGAAUUUUACUUUGAUACCGUCCCAAACAAAUACGAAUGCUAGUGGAUGGGUGGCAAUGGAUGCUAAAAGCGGUGAAAUCCUAUGGUCGACAGCGGAUCCGAGCAAUUCCAGAGUUAGUGGUCCUGUCACCAUAGCAAAUGGUGUACUUUUUGCUGGUUCAACAGAUAAACAAGGACCUAUAUAUGCCAUUGAUGCUAAAAAUGGGAGAAUUUUGUGGUCAUAUGAGACUGGUGCAACUGUUUAUGGUGGAAUGUCGGUGAGCAAUGGAUGCAUUUAUGUUGGUAAUGGAUAUAAGGUCAAUAUAGGAGCUUUUAUUCCAACUUAUUCUGCUGGAACCUCACUUUUUGCCUUUUGUUUGACCUAAAAACUUUAAUGGGUGUAAAGGGCCCUAUUUUAGUCAUAAUUGGUUUGUUUCUCUUUUUAAUUAUAUGAAGAUAGUGGUGUUUAUUCAUGUAAAAUUGGCUUAACCAAUAAAAUACAAUUUAAAUUAUACUA